AUGUUUGAUUAUUUAAAUAGCAUAACUGAAAAAAUUUUAUAUUCUGCAGUUAGAAAUGCCUUCGAUUCUAUAUUUGUAAAUUUUGAAAGAGAGCAAUUAUCAGCAUCACUAACAAGAGGAUGUUUUGAAAUACGCAGUUUAAAUAUUAAACGAGAAUUAUUUGAUGGGAUACCAUUUCCAAUAAGGCUAUGUGAUGCAUUAGUUGGGAAAGCAAGGAUAGAGAUAUCUUGGACAAAGUUUUUUUCCGGAGGUUUUUUAACGAUAAUAUUGCAAGAUAUCUAUAUAAUUUUUAAUACAAUUGAUAUUAAGGAAUGGGAUGUUGAGAUAUGUGAAAAAAGUUGGUCAAAUUUAAAGUCAAAACUUUUACAACAGGAUGAGGUAUGGAUGUUUCUUAAAAGUCAAUUUGCAUCAAGUUUAAUAAGACGAAUUGGUUAUUACUUUGCAUCUAAAGUGCAGAUUGAAAUUGAUAAUGUAAAUUUGAGAAUUGAAGAUUAUACUAAUAUACAACCUUUUGCAGUAGGAGCAAUAAUUAGAAAGAUCACUACUCAAGAUUGUGAUGAGUUUUGGUUUCCAACUAAUAUAAAUAACUCAAAAUCUAAUACUCGAGGAAUAUUUAAUACUUUUAGGAUUUCUAGUAGCUUAAAUGAAAAUAUUAGUAUAUUAGGAGCCAAUAAUGAAAUGAAUGGAUCUCAAUUAAAAUCACUGAUUUCUCCAGAACUUAGUUUAAAGAAUAAAAGUAGAGAAAAGUUGAAUACAGAUGAUAUAUUAAGUAUAAUAUUAGAAUCUAAUGGUUAUUUAAAGCAAGAAGAAUUUAACUCGCUAAAUCAAAGGACAUUUUGGAAAAGGUUGAGAGAUAACUCUCCAUGGAAUUGGUAUUGGAAUAAACAAUCAAAAAGUGAUUUAUUUGAAGAUUCUGUUAAUGAAAAUUUAGAUUCUAGAGUUAUAUAUCCAUAUCCAAAUGGAGCUGGGGUUCCAAUUUCUAUUAUAGAUAAAUGCAUAUACUUAAAGGAACAAGAAGAAAUUAAGUUACUGAGGAAUAACCGAAUUAUUACAAAUGAUGGUCUUAAAAAAGGAGAUUUUUUUUUGAAAUCCUUUAUAUUUAGUGAUUUUUCUGUAUAUAUUGACAAUAUUAAUAUUGAAUUAUCUGGAAUAGCUUCAAAUAGUUGUAGAUGGACUUGUUUAGAAAGUCAACCUAUGUAUACUGACCAGUAUAAUGUAAUUGAACGGCUAACACAACUAAACGCUUUAUCAGAAGAAAUAAGAUUAUCAAUGAAUUAUAUUAUAUAUCCUUUAACUUUCGAAUUAAGAUUAAGAUUAGUUCCCUCAAUAUUAAGAUAUGAGGAUCAGAAAUUUGUAUCUGCUUUAAGUGAUAGAGUAUAUUUGGAAUCUAAAGAUAAGGAAGAUAGUAUACUUCCUUUAAUUACAGUUUAUUUAAUAAUUGAUAGUUUUAUACUGAAUAUACAAGAUAUUCAACUUCAAAAUAUAUUAAGAUUUAUAGAUUAUGGAGUAUUUCUUUAUGGUGAUUUUGUGGCUGGAACCUAUCCUAAGGAUUAUAAAAAUAUUCCGGAUGGUGAGAUCAAAGCAAUAUAUAGAAAUGCUUGGUUUAACUUUUUAAUUGGGGAGAUACCUCAUGAUGAUCCAAUAAAAAGUGAGAUUGAAGAGAAAUACAACGUAUAUGCUUUACUAAAACUUCGUAAUGAAGUUUUGAAAUGUUUAAGUUUUGUAAUCCAUCAAACUCUUAUGAGGACUCUUUCAAAAAGUCAUGACAAAUUUGAUGAGUCAAAUGUUAUGAAUAAUUCGAAGAAUAUGGAAAUUAACACGAGUGAAGAGCUUAAAAUAAAAGAUAAAGCAAUUCAAAUUAUUUGGAAUUCCAUUGUUGUAGGACAUAAUGAAUAUUAUACAAGAUCUUUGAAUUUUAUGGAGAAUUCAGUAAAUCAGAAAAAUAAUACAUCUCAUUAUUGCUGUAAUAUAUCUUCACAAGAAGGCUUAAAAAAGGAUUAUUUGAAUCUUAAUUCUAAUAUGAUUGAUGAGAUUGUUAAUCAAACAAAAUUGAUUUUAAAUUCAGAUACACUUCCUAUUUAUAUAUCUUCCCAUGACAUAUACUCAGAAUUAUUUAGUGAAAAUGAUUCUUUAGAUAAUCCAAGCUUCCACACAUCUCCUUUUGCUUUUAUUGUAUCUAUUCAAAAUUUAGGUAUGAAUUACUCAGUAAGUAACUAUAAAUUUUCUUCAGAUGAAGAUUCAUUAAAUAAUGCCAAUCAUUCAGGAAGGAAUACUCUCAAGCUCUCAUGUAUGGAUACUUAUUUACAGUAUAAAGCUUAUAUGAAGUCAGAAAAGUCUAAAAUUUCUUUGGCUUUUGAAAAUUUAUACUUAAUUUUUGAAGAUAAUUUUAUAAGUGAAUAUCCCAACAAUUCAAUUUGUCUUAUUCGAUUUGGACCUGAGAUUGAUAUUGAUACACCUCAUAAGACCUCGAAACAGUUCCAUCCUUUAUUGCAUCGUUACAGUAUAUAUACUGGAACAAGUCUUUGCAAUAAAAGGCCUUAUACUAUUAGUGGUUGCAUACUUAAGCAUAAUAAUAAAUUGUCAAGUAAUGAGUUUGAUCAGAGUGAUAAUUCAUUAUUUUUUGAAAACCACACUUUGAAAUCUCAUCACUGUUCAGGUGGUUUAUGGUUAGUAAUUAAGAUGAAUAACUCCUAUUCUAGAAAUACCCCUAAAAUUUCAUUUAAUGGGCAGACAUAUGGAGAUAUGUGUGUUUAUGCAUCUUUUGAUAUUAUUUAUCAGUUUAUUUUCCCUAUUAUUAGCCAAAUAAAUAAUCAAAAAAGAAGUUAUUAUUUUAAUAAGGCUAGUAGAAAUAUUUGGAAAAUUGUUAAUAAAGGACAAAUCUUGGUGAAUAAAUUCUUGACUAUAAAUAAUGAGGACAAUAAUAGUCAUAUAUAUUUAAAUGUACAGUCUUAUGCUAAACCACUAAUAUAUAUACCUAACUCAGGAUAUUUUAAAAGAAAUGAGAAUAUAAAUUAUUACGAUACCCCAAAUUCUCAGCUUAGUAAAUUACAUUCGGAAUCUAGUUCGAUUUGUAUAAAUUUAGGUAAUUUUUUUAUUGAAACGAAAUAUACUGCACAAAAUUCUGAAUUAAAUCAAAACAAUUUUAAAAAUAUUCGGGAUCAUGAAUAUAUAUAUAUUGACUGUAUCACCUGUAAAGUUAACAAUUUGGCAAUUUAUUACGUUCCAGAUUUAAGGUUUAAAGAUCUUUGCAUAGUACAUAAGUUUCCUAAUAUCAAAUAUAAUAAAGAUAUGAAUGAAUUUAUAUCUGAUAGUCAUGGAAAAUUGCGUUAUAUUCUUUCUCCACAAUUCUGGUCUUUUACCUUGGAAAGAUAUAUAAAGAUCUUAAAUAAGACUUCUAAAAAUAUCUCAGAUUCAGAAAUCCAAGUCAAUUCAGUGGAAUUUAGAACUUUUAAGAGCUCUGAAGAUGGAGAUAAUUAUAAAGAGUCUGGGAAGGAGCUUUAUAAUGAAGAUAUAAAUCACUAUGGAUAUAGUGAAGACUACUUACAAGCUGAGGAAUCGAAUUUUAACAAUAUAUUAGAAUUAUCUGAAGAUUUAGCUUUAAUGUACUUGGUUAGAAACUCAGAAUAUAUUUAUCAUAUUAAUUUUUAUUUAAUUCCAGAAGAUAACUCAAAUUUAGAAUUUUGCUUAUUAGAUCAAGAUAUUCACUAUAUAUCCGAAGUAGCUGAGAAUUUAAUAUUUUUCACUAAUCAGCUUUAUCCUGUUAAAAGUAGAGAUACAGAGAUCACAAUAACCCAAGAGCUAUUGGAAAAGACUUUGGAAACACCUUAUUUGAGUUUAGAAUCUGAAAAUUUAAGUCUUGAUAAUAAUAAAAAGGAUAAUAAAGUUAAUUCAGGUGGGGAAAUGACAACAAAUACAAAUGAUUUUAAUAAGAGCUUGAAUUCUAGAGAUAUGUUUCUACGAUGUGAUGAUAUUUUGGAUGAAAUUAGCGUCACUUCAAAUUCACUUAUUUAUUCUAAUAUCCAUACUAAUAGACAAAUUGGAUUUAAAUGUUGCAUUCCUAAAAUAAAUUUUGCUGUAAAAAGCACUGAGGAAUAUCAAAAAAGAUUUCAACAUACUGAUGAUUAUCAAUUACUCUUUUUACAAAUUGAAAUUAUAAAUUCUCAAUUUUUUGCUAAAUUUAACAAUUUAAUAUAUUCCACAAUUUAUAUAUUAAUAAAUUCUAUCUGUAUAUCUGGAGGUAUAAUUUCAGAUCAAUAUCCUUUGUUUAUAAAUCCAAUAAUUUCUCAUACUGUUUCUCCACUUUGUAAGAUUAACAUUUCAACUUAUCCAGAAAAUAAACUACAUAAGAAAGAUUCUCAAUUUAUAAAUUCUUUAUCAAAUACAGGAUAUCAGACUUUAGAAAUACAAAACUCUAAAAAUUUAGAAGCCAUUUCAACAUAUAAAAGUACUUAUUUUAAUGAGAAUCAAACAUAUAGAUCCUACUCAGAGACAAUUAUGAAAGUAGAAAUAUAUAGCCCAAAAAUUUUGGUUUUUUGGGAAUUAUAUGGGGCAAUUUUAAAUUUGGUAAUGACUUUGUAUAUUAGAAGUUUUUCAAAGUUAUAUAAUUACAGUAAACUUAAUUUAGAUGUUGAUACAAAAAGUUCUGGGAAUUUGGAAAAAAUAGACCAUUUAGAGUGUCAAACAGAUCUUAAGUAUAGUAAAUCCAUAAACAGUGAUGAAUUUUCAUCUACAUUAAUAUCUAGAUUUGAUUUAAAUUUAAAAGAUUUGAAGUUCAUAAUACCCUGUUCUCUACCAGAACCAGUUAAAAUAUUUGCAUAUAAUUAUUCAUCAAGUUCUAAACUUCAAACUACUACUAAACUAGAUAUUUUGGGUUCUCCAUUACUCCAUAUAAAACUAUCUCUUAAUUAUAAAUUUGAAAGUGAAUGUUAUGACUCUAAUAAUACCUUAAAUAGCAAAGCAUACAAUAACAAUAGUAAUAUAGAGAUAUUUAAGAUGAGCAUUAAAUUUGCAAAACCAGUAAUACCUUCAGAUUUAAUGGAACAAUUAAUUAACAUAUCUAAAAAUUUAAGUCAAAUUAAGGGACGUGAUGUGAAUUUAAAUGAAGAUAACUUUCCAUUAUUGGAUGAUUAUGUAGCUAUACCAAUGAUUAAAAGCCUAUUUAUACAUAAAUUGGAUAACAAAUCUUUCGCAAAUACUAUAUAUGAAACCUCAAAUAUUGUAAAUUUAAGUUUAUGGAGAUUCACAUUAGAAACUUUGGUUGAUAUUCCAAUAGUUUUGCCAUCUUUUAGAGUAAAAGUAAACUUGAAACAAUCUUCAUACUACUUGGAUGGAUAUACUGAAAAUACUACAAUGGCUCUAUAUAUCUUCGUUGAAUCAUUAGAUAUUAGAAUUAAUGUAAAAUCUUUGAUAUACUUAACACAGAUAGGUAACAUGUAUUCUAAAUACAUUUCAAGUAAUCUUAUUGAAAAUACUAAAUAUGACAAUCCUGAUAUAAUUUCAAACUCUGAUGGAGCUUUAUAUAACUCAACAAACUCAUUACUACAUUUAUUCCCCUCAUUAUAUAUGCAAAUUAAAAUGAAUCUCAAGAAAUUUACAGCUCAGUGGAGAACUGAAAAGAUAAUUCUUCACUAUAUCCCAAAUACACUAAAAUCAAUAAAGAAUGGUAUAUACUUAGAAAUAUUUAGUAUACAAGGAGGAAUUUAUGUCAAUGAAUCUGCUCCUUCUUUGCAGUUCAUUACUAACAUAUAUCCAUAUUUUAAAGAUUUAACAGAUAUAUUAAAUAAUCAAAAUUUUCUUAGUGAAUCAAUAAUCGAAGAUUCACCUUUAAUUAUACCUAAUUUUACAGUUGGCAACUUCCCUAGGCUUCCUAUUUUACCUAGAGAUACAAAUACAGUUUGUAGUUUAGUUUUCCAAAUAAAAAGAUUUUUUAUAUCUAUAUUCAAUAACCAGUUAAUGUAUUAUAAUAACCUUAUAGAACCCUUUGACAUUUUAUUUAAGGUUGUUGGUGACUCUGGUCAGAUUAAUGAAAAAGCUAUAGAAGAAAGAAGUCAAGCAGAAGAAUUAAAUUCAAAAGAAGCUAAUAGAAUACUUUUAGAAGAUUAUGUUACACAUUUUAGAGAUAAGGACUCUACAAAAACUGAAAAUAAACUUGAAAAUGAGCUUAGUGAAAAUUUAUCUUAUACUGAAGAAGUUUCUGACGAUGAAGUUAUACCUGAAAAAACCCUUAACUUGAAAAAUAUUCAUUUAGAACAAUAUAAUACAUGUAAACUGAAAAAUAUACUUUAUGAAGAUAAACAAAGUGUUCAAGAUAAUAAUAAUUCAACUAAGAGAAAUAGAACAAACUUUGGAGAUACAACAGAAUCAUUAGAAAAUAUUUUGACCCAUGAAUCAAAUAGAAAUGAGCAAUGUAAAGAAAUUAUUAAAUCAAACAACUUUGUCAAGGGUCAGAUAUGUAUUUCAUGGAUUAAUGUUACCAUAUGCCCUAGCUACAUAUCCUAUGGACUAUCUUGCAUGGAUAAUUUUUUUGAUUCUUUAAGUAUAUACUCAUCUAAAUUAAGUAAUUUAAAUGACUCAAAUAAGACUUUAUUAGCUUACUACUUAACAAGAAAUAAUAUAAACAAUAAUUUAUUACAAGAUACAACUGAAACUAAUAUAAGGUACAAUACUAAUUCAAUUUUCACUAAUAGUAGUAUGCUUAGUUCAUCCGAAAGAACAUUUUACCCAAUUUCAGCAGAUAUAGAAAGUCAAAAUAACUCUCUUUACAGCUUUAAAACAAUAUUUGGUAGUAAUAAUAUAAGUUCUAUUUCUAUUUAUAAUGACACAGGGCAAACAAUUGCUCUAUUAAUCCCAUUUUGGACGAACAAUGCACUGUUAAAGGGUAAAGGAAUUCAAAGUAACUUUUUCAAUUCAAACAGCUUUAUAUCUUCUAAAACUAAAGAAGAUGAGGCGAAAGAGGUCAAAUUGGCAAAUAAACAACAUAAGACAAAUGUAGAACCUUCUAGUAAGGAAAAAAAACUUGAAUUUAAUACAAUACCAAGUCAAUUACCAACAUUACCAAACAGUAAAACUUUAAAAAACUCACUUUACAAUGAAUUUAUACAUCCUAAAGUACUUUCUGAUAAAGCACAAGGUAUUAAUGUUGUAUCAUUAAAAUUUUCUAUGUCAAACUCUCUAAGUACUUUGAACUCAAAUAAUUCUGUUCUUUCUUAUAUUUCAUUGAAAAAAGAAGAUUGCAACGUUCAUUAUGUGUGGAAGUAUAUCCAACCAUAUAAAAAAAUAUCUGUGGAUAGAGGACCAAAUGGAGAGUUAUAUCCAAUUAUGCUUAGAAUUAGAUUACUAGAUGAUGUAUUUGACUGCUGUAAUAUUGUCAUGGAUAAAAUUAACACAGAUGUUACAUAUCUGGAUCUUGAGUAUGGAGAUCCAUUUAAGAUACCAUUGAUGAUUAAAACAUCAAUGCUAAAUAAUCAAUCCUUUAUGGUGACAAUUUCAUCUCGUAUAUUUAUAUCUAACAAUUCUAGUAAAUCACUACGCAUUCUUGCAGAUCCAAGUUUAGUGAAGCAGUAUACUGAUAUGUCUUUCUAUACUCCUCCAAUCAAUUCAGAAACUAUCCCUAUUCCUAAAUUAAGCUCCUUAAAAAACACAUUAAUAUCUGGUAUACCAAUUGAACAAGAUAAUCUAAAUUAUAGUGAUAACAGCAAUAAGGAACCUAAAUCAAAUUUCCUUUUUUCAUUAAUUUCUGAAUAUAUUCCGCAGCUAAACUUAGAUACACAUGAUUUACUAGUGAAUAAUUGGGAUUUUGGAGAAUUAACUGUAGAUAUGUUUACCCUUACUAUAGACCCAGGUAAAUUUAUCUGUCUUCCACUAUGGAUGUGCAUUCCUCUAAUUAAAAGAUUUAAUAUUCAAAAAAUUGGCAAUUAUAAGGAUAAUAAUUUGAUAUAUCCACCAGUUAAAGUAAUAUUAGAAUCUUCCUGGACUUAUAAAAAGGAUGUAUAUUUUACUUCAAAUAAUGUAAAUUUACGAGUUUCCAAGAUUUUCACUAAUGAGAUUGGAAAUAAUCCUAAAACUAUUACAAAUAGUAUGCAGGUAUCUUCUGUAUAUCUUUGUUACCUAGAUAUCUAUGAAUUAAUCUUGCAAUAUUUGCAGGAUAUAUUACCAACAAAUUCAUAUUAUCGUUUACUUUCAUCUAAAUCACAUAACCACAAUUUUGCAUCUAAGAUUUUAGAUUUAUCUGAACCAUCAUCAAUAAGCGAAGUUACAAACAAUGUUUAUUCUCAAAGUAAUAGUGAAGGGAAACAUGAAGCAAUAGAUGAAGAUACUGACCAGAAAACCUCACAUAUAAGUUCAUCUAGAAUAUAUAUCAGUUCAUCUGUAUAUGGAUUUUCAAUACCAGAUAAUAUGGAUACAAGUCCUAUUAUUUUUGUAGUGCGAUUUGAACCUCCUUUAACUUUGACAAACAACCUACUAUAUCCAGUAUAUAUAGACCUCAUGAGAUCAAAAGCAUUUGAUACUUUAAUACCUAUAAAUAGGGGAGAUAUUAAUGAUAUAGCUUCGGAAAUUAUGCAGCUUAGUGGAAUAAAAUCCGACAUUGUAUUAGCAACAAAUCAAACUCUUUCAUUGGAAUCUAUUCCUUCUCAAUUAUCUAUAUUCUUGUUAGAUGUAACUCUAAAUAAAUUUUAUGGGUUUUACAUUUCAUCACACAUUCCGAUAUCAUAUUCCUCUUCAGUAAAAAAAAUGCAUAGUGAAGUUUCAAUACCCCUGAAGUUACAUGGGGGCUAUAAAAUAUCUCAAGAAAAUUCUAAUAAAGUAGAGAAGAUUCCCCACUCUAGUGCUAUUAUCAUGAAUGAAUUUUUACCACAUUCCACAUCUAUUAACUUGUUUACAGAAUCAAAUCCUAAUCACUUCAUCUCCAACGAUUAUACACUUCGUCAAUGGCCAAAUUAUAUCACCAUACCAAAUUCAAAUAGUUCCGAUAAUAUGGCAGCUUCUAAUAAUGCCUUAAAGCUUACAUAUGAGAAUAAAAAAUUUGACUCUUAUACUGGAACAGUAGAAAAUGGAGAGUCUAUAGCUCCUUGGUUUGGUUAUCAAUGCUUUUCCUACAAUACAUGCAAGGUUUCAAUGAAUUUAUAUUCUCCUUUAUGGAUUAACAAUAGACAAGGUACUCCAAUAUAUCUGUUACAGAAAUCUCACUUGGCUUUUAAAUAUAGGCUAGGUUUAAAUGAAUGUCGUAUACUUCCAUCUCAAAAUGGAAAAUCUGAAAUUGCUUUUGCUUUAACUCCUGAACUAGCAAAACGUUGUAGAUCAAACUACUUUCAUGUAGAAAGAGCAAAUAUGGUUGGGUAUGUUACUAUACCUUCUUCGAAUAAAAAAGGUUUAAAAGUCCUCCAAGAUACCUUAGAUGCAAAUUUACUUAAAAACAAUCUAAAUAAUAAUGAACCAUUUAAUAAACUAUUUGGUACAGGAACUCCAGGUUUAAUUUUGGGAUAUUCAAUUACAUCUAUUGCAACUGUUAGUUCAUACAUUACCAGCUUUAUGAUUAAUAUUUAUGAUAGAUAUACAAUUUCAAAUUAUCAUAGUGUACCUGUAUGGAUCCAUCAAAUAGGGAAGAUGAAUCCAUGGUUAUUAAUUCCUCCUCAUGUAUCGUGGCCUUUUCACCCUGUAUUAAACAAUAGGGAUCAUCCACAAAUUGAAAUAUCAUUUGUAGAUCCAACUUUACUUAGAAAAUACAAAAGUGAUUUCAAAAUGAAUCUUUCACAAAUACCAUAUAAAACACUUCCUAUAGCAAUUAAGGAUGUUUAUGAUGUUCAGUUUCGUCUUAUUGAUAAAAUAUGCUUAACAGACUUAAAUACAUAUAUUAGAUCCCAUUCAAAUGUAGAAAAUGGAAAUUUUACAGAAUUAUCAGAUAAAUUGUGUUUGAGUCUCUAUUCUCAGAAUGGAGAAUAUACUAAUAAUUCUGCAUAUCUUCAAAAGAAACAAGAUAAUAAAACAGAAAAUUUCAAAAUUUCUGAAUAUACUGAGCAAAACUUCAAUGAUAAUCUUUCAUUUGGGUAUUGGAAAAAACCUAAUUUAUCUUGCUAUAGUGGAAAGGUGUGUUCAUACAUUUUGUCUUCAAUCUCGGUAUUUUCUGUCCAUUCAUCUUCUGCUUACCAUAUCAACCUUUAUCCACCACAAACUCCUGACUUCCGUCUUGUUAAUGAGACUCCUAACAGGAUAUAUUUUAAGCAGAAAGAAACUAAUUAUUGGAAUACUUUGGAAGCUCAUUCCAAUAUAGACUAUGCUUUUCUAGAUCCUUUUGGGCAUCAUUUUUUGGAAAUAUGUAUUGGAAUAAAGACUAAACUAACUAAAGCUACACUUAAAUUGAAAAAGAAGGUUAAAAAACUUCAAAGUGAAAUUUUCAAUAGGCAUGCAAGUGAAAACAUACCUAUGAAUGAAGAUAUGAACAGAUCAAAAUCUAGCAAAGUUUUGCAGAAUUUAUUACGAAAGACAUUUCAAGAAGACUCUACUCAAGCACAAAAUUUUUGUAAUGAAGCUACCAAUGAUGACACUAUAGUUUGGUAUCGUUUCCCAACACCUUUAGAUUUAAAUAAUGUACAAUCUCACUCUAAAUUAUACAUUCCUGGUCUUAAAAGUAUAAUAUAUGCUGUACUAAUAGUUGAAAGUGGAACCAGAGUAAUUAAUCUAUCUCUUGAUGGGAGUCUAUAUAGACGUAGAAAAGCUGAAACAAACCAUAAUCAAUCUUCAAUUUAUUCUAUACAGUCUUUUGGUAAAUCAGGACUAAAAUAUAUCGGUUCCAAAUUUAGACAAACUAUUGGGAUAAUAGAUAAAUUUGAGAGCUUAGCUUCUGAUUGGAAAUCUAAUGAGAAAUUGGAAAUGGAUCUCUUGAGUUCCGAAAAAUCAACUAAUAAAUUUCUUUUGGAAGCUCCUUAUGAAACAGCACUAUCUCAAACAGCAUUUUCAGCCAAUACAAGAAUACAUCCAUGCACUAAUGUGAAUGAAAGUCUAAUACCUAGUUAUAGAAAAGAAAGUGUUUGUUUUGAUUUGAGUUUAUUUAUUGAAGGGUUUGGAGUAUCCUUUAUUACAAUGAUGAGUGAGGAAAUAGUAUAUUUAGCUUUCCAAAAAAUAGAUUCAAGUAUUUUCAGAUAUCCUAGUGAUAUGGAUUAUAUACACAUAACAUUUAAAAUUUGUGAAUUUCAAAUGGACAACCAUAUAGAUGGAUCAUCAGAUACAACAUUAAUUAGAAAGGUAACUCCAGAGGAAUUUUUGAGAUUAAAAAGUUCAUCAAGAGAUAAUGAUAACAGUAAAACAAAUAUAGAAGAAGGAUUAGAUUCUCUUCAAUAUAUGAUGUCAGUAGGAUUUUUAAUAAUUGGAAAUGGAUCCAACCGUAAAGAAGAUCUUCAUUGUAUUUAUUACAAAUUAUCUCGAAUGUUGGGGAAUUCAUUCAAAGAUAAAGAGUCAAAGCUCUCAACAAGUUAUUUCUUAGAUAUUAGGUGCUGUUUCGUUAGUGAUGUGAAUUCAUCCAAUGACUCGUAUGGAUAUAAUGGCGUAUUAGAAAUUCCCUACUUUUAUGUUUGGAUUUUUCCUUUAAGUAUUCAUUUGGAGAUAGAUGCUAUGAGGGAAAUUGUAUUAAUUAUGGAAUCUAUUAUUAAUAGGUUGUUUUCAUUUUCUGAUCAAUCUGAGGAACAAUUGAAUAAUGUUAAUAAAACAUCGACAGUAGUAGAAAAUAUGAAGAAUUCAUCUCGUUAUAUGUAUAUUCAAGUCCUCAUAGUAAAUCCUAUUCAAAUACUAUUCUCUACAAGUAAAAGUACUUGGAAUGUAUUUACUCUAGAUUCAAAUAAUCCUUUUAACACACAUAUCCAAAAAGAUACAUUUUCUGCUGCAAACAAAUUUGGGAUUGGUUCUAUAUCAAUAAAAUCUUCUGCAAAUUUAAAAGGUGUUGGUGGAAUUCAAAAUAUCUCAUCUUUCAACAUAUCUCAGCAAGCUGUAUCUAGUCCUAAUUAUUCAUCUAAUAAUGGCACGACAUUUAUAUUAGGUCUAAUUCAAUUAAUUGCUGCUAUGCCAUUCUCAAAUGUUCCAAUUGAAUUUAAAGGUAUUAUUAGUGAAUCUUUUUUUGUUAACAGUGAAAAGAUGUCCAUGCAAUUUUUUAAUAUAUAUAAGCAGCAAGUAUUUUCUCAUAUUGGACGAAUCCUUGGAUCUAUAGACUUACUAGGUAAUCCUAUAGAUAUUUAUAUUUUAUUAAAAGAGGGAAUUUUAGCUUCUAAAAACCAUUUUAAACUUUAUAAAGCUGCUUUUGAAUUGAAGAAAAUUAUAGAUAGUUCUAAAAAUAAUGAUCAUUCAGAUAUACUUAAUGAAACUGAAUAUGAUAAAACGAGAGAAUUCUUCUUAAAAUCAAGAGCUACAUUUAUGAUCAAAUUAAUUUUAUUUUGUAUCAAAGAAAUAUUCAUAGGAAUAAAUACUUUGUUUGGAACUGGAAUUGCAGCAGCAUGUCAAGUAAUUGUCCGUAUAACUGCAACUCUAAUUCACUUAAUGGAGAUAGUAUAUCUUUUUGACCAGGAUGAAUUAAUGAGUAUUUGGUCAGGAACUCCCUUGUAUUUGAAUAGACAUAUUGCAAAUUAUCCAAAAGAUUUAAUAAAUGGAAUUUUAACAGGUUUAAAAAGAAGUAUUAUUAUCAUCUUAGGAACCUUUAUCAAUUUAUGGCUUUUACCAGCUAAAAUGUAUCAUAAUUCUGGAUUACUAGGGUUUAUUUUUGGUAUUUUUCUUGCAUUAAUACGUAUCUUACCUGCUGGAUUUGCCGUAUUUUUAUCUAUAAUCUAUGGAAUAACCUCUGGGACUGUUCAGAGUCUCAGAACAAAAACGCUUGUUCAUCAUAUACGUCCUUUAAGAGUAAUAUCAAAAAAUAAACCAAUUCAGCCAUAUUUCAUCCCUAAAAAUAUUUCAUCUAUCACACUUAAAUCUGCAGGAUUAAUUAGUGACUUAAGGUAUGUAGAUGUUAUUACAUACUUUUCUACUACAAAUACACUUAAGGAAAAAGAAACAAUGACUUUUGAAAAUUUAUUUGGUCAAAAUAAUGCAACUAAACAAUUUUUAUUAUAUAAAAUCUUGAGAAAUGAAAGUGAAGUUGGUAUAAAUAUUUCUAAUGGGUUAAUUGUUAUGGCCAAGGCAAUUGCUUUAUUUAAGGAUGGAGAUAUGGUUUGGACAAUUCCUAUAUCUCAAAUAGAUACUGUUACAGUCAUACAUAUAAUUAAAUGUAAAUCAAGGCAAGAUGAUUCUUAUUUUCAAAUAAGAAAAAGAUCUAUCUUUAGUAGAAGUUAUUUUUCUUAUUUUAAUCGAAUUUCUGGAGAUCCAGAUUCUAUCUGCACUUCUCAAGACAAAAACGACUCUUUUAGCGAAAAAUCAGUAACAAACCCACAUGUUAUAACUCAAUUAGAUUCUACUAUAAAUGGAAUACUUACAGGGAUUUAUGAAUUUGAAAUACAAUUAAAACAAUCUUCUAAUCACGACCAUAUGUUAUAUUCUUCUAAAAAAGUUACUCGCAGACUAUUAAUUCCUAUUCCAUCCACUAUACUGGAAACUCGCAAGUUACAUAAUAUACAUAUUAAUGUAAAAUCUUCAGAGAUAAUGGAAGAUACAAGAAAUAAAUUUAAAUUAAAUCUUAAUACUCAUAGUAUUACAGAAAAGACUUCUUUAAAUUCAUUACAUCUUGCUAGCACAAGAUAUUAUCCAGAAAAACUCUCAUUCCGUAUUGAAGGAGAAAAUAGAGCAUUAAGCUUAUUUUCUCUAUUAACAAGCUUGAUCAAUCCUAACUAA